UUUGUUCGCGCGCGCGGCGCCGCGUCGCUCGCGUCGUCGUCGUGAAUUGCGACCUUGAUCGUUUGAUCGAGUGCGCCGCGUAGCCAUGGUGUCUGUCGCCGUCGCUCGUCCGCGCGUCGCGCACGCGUCAACACACGCGCGCGAGCGGCGUCAACGCGCGAGCGGCGCGAGACGCUCGAACGCGCCGCGCGCGUUUUUGGCGUCGUCGACGGCGGUGCACGCGAACGAUGCGUCGUCGUGCGCGAUGCUGAAACGCGCGAGUUGGAGAGGUAAAUAUGCGCUGAAUGUGCGCGCGUCGUCGACGUCGAGCGCGUCCGAAGUGGCCGAUCGCAACGGCGCCGACGGUGGCGGUGAAGCCAACGGGUCGGCGACCACCGGCGCGGGAACCUCCUUCACCGCGCUUGACGAUUCGUUUCGCGGAUUAGAGGGCACAGAAUGGUUUUCGCGUGAUUUCUCCGAGAGUGGCAGACGAUUCAGUGAGGUUUUUCCCGUGAGAUUCGCCGAAGUGGGUUCCAACGGCGAGGCGACCAUGGUGACGAUAGCCGACUUGAUUCAAGAGUGCGCCUGCAAUCACGCGCAAGGUAUCUGGGGUGUCGGUCAAUCUAUGCCGGCGGAGAUGGCGCGAGCAAACUUGGCGUGGGUGUGUACCAGACUUCACUUGCGCGUGCGCAAGUACCCGAAAUGGGGGGAGAAGGUUGCGGUGAGCACUUGGUUCGAACCUCAAGGGAAGAUAGCGGCUAGGCGCGACUACGCCAUCACGGACGCGCAAACUGGAGAAUGCAUGGGCGAAGCGACGUCGCAAUGGGUUGUGUUUAAUCUCGGGAGUCGAAGAAUGGCGCGCAUCCCGAACUCGGUGUUGGAAGAUUUCAAAUUCCAAUCCUUGCAGCAACAGGUGAUGGAGGAAGGAUACGCCGCGGAUAAGCUCCCAGACGUGUCUGAAGUCGGGGGAGCGUGCGCGGCUCCCAUCACGCAUAACGUGCGCCGUAACGACAUGGAUAUGAACGGACACGUAAACAAUGUCGUGUACGUUCAAUGGCUACUCGAGAGCGUGCCCCCGGAAACGUGGGAAAAGCACGUGUUGAGUGAAAUUAUCUUGGAGUAUCGAUCCGAGUGCAACUUUGGCGACAGCGUCACGGCGACGUGCUGCGAGAUUGAAGAGGCAAACGAUACCUACGUGCUCCUACAUAAAUUAGCGCGAGGCGAGGGUGAAAUAGUUCGAGCAAAGACGGUCUGGAGGAAGUAAAGACAAAGUAGCGCGAGC